AUGGCCCCCGACCUCAACGAUGACCAAGACUUGCCUCAGGUCGACGAGACCGCCGAUGGACUGCCUAACGACGUCAAUACCGUCUAUGGCGCUCAUUGUCCAAUGCCUGUUCCAGCUCAUGGACCCAACCCCACUGCUCCAAGCAAUGCCAUACACCAGGAGAAGACGAAGACACACAAGAAGCCACCAAAAACGUGCAAGAUGGUAGAGGCUUCUGGUCUGGAUCCUGAUGGCAAUGAACUCACAGACACUGAAGACUAUAUCGAUCUUCCAAGUCUCAGUCAUAGUUGGCAGUUGAACCAGAUCAAAUGCUGUGCGCAAACUGUUGGCACUAGUUUGAGACAGUCCUGGCGUUGGGUUCCCGAUAUUGGCAGCCCGCACUUCAAGCAUCAAUUGCUCGCCGGAGCAGACAAGAGCCCUACCGGAAUCAUCUAUGAUCCGAACAACUUUCAAGUGGAUUUGGCGCACAUCGAGAGUAUAUGGUGGGCCGAGGAAACACUCAAGGUUGACAUCGUUUUCCAGGACAGUGGCGAGCCGAGAGAAGACCUCUUGCUAGAGUUCAGGUGCAAAAACAACAGGGACCUGUUUCUGGGCUUUUGCCGUGCCCAGGCCAUCUAUCUGUACCGCACUGAUGCGUGGGUCUCCUGUCCCUGCACAGAUACGUAA